AUGGUCGUUGCUGCUGGGAUGGUCGGGUUCGUUGCCUGUCUGAAUCUUUUGGUCAGUGGCUUCGGGUCGCCCUUGAAGCAUGUGCCUGGCCCUUGGCACACCCGGUUCUCCCGCCUAAGACUCAAGGCCGCCCGUCUGACUGGAAGACGCCUGCACUACGUCCACAGUCUCCAUGAGAAGUAUGGCAGUAUCGUCAGAGUAGCUCCAAAUGAGAUAUCCUGCGUCGAUCUCCAGUCUGUCGCCCGAGUCUACAAGAUUGGCGGCGGAUUCGAAAAGGCGCAAUGGGUGGGCGAUUAUACGAAGCGGCUUCCGGCACUGUCACUAUCCAUGAUUGUGGACAGCGACGAGGCUAAAGAGCGACGAAAACUCAUUCAGGGCUCGUUUACCCUCUCUUCCCUCCGCAACAACUGGGAGGCAGAGAUACGGCAGAAGAUUGAGCUUGCCGUUGCGAAAAUCAGGAGUGAGGCGAUGGCGGACUCUUCCAACACUCACAAGUGGUGGACUUUUAUGGCGGCCGAUAUCAUAAGCAAGAUGUCCUUUGGCGAGUCACUAGGACUGAUGGAUCUGGGAAAGAGCACCAUGUACAUGCGGGCCAUCGAAAACGCCCUGCCCGCAGACGUUUUCCAGUGUGAACUCCCGUUCCUCGACCACCUGUCGAAACUCAUACCGAAAUCGCUCCUCCAGACAUUCACCCGCCGCCUCGAGCAGGUGAGAGCCGGCGGGAGAGACGGCGUAGAGACGCUGAGGCGGCAGCAGGACAAGACCCGCAGCCUGUUCAAGGAGAUGGUCGCCGAGUGCGAGAAGGACGGGCGGCCGUGGCUAACGGACGACGCCGUGACGAUGGAGGGCGCGGGCAUGAUGGUCGCGGGAACCGACACGACGGCGGCCGUUCUGACGUACCUGAUCUGGUCCGUACUGCAGCAAGAGGGGCUACAAAAGCGUCUCGAGGAAGAGGUCGCUCAGCUUGGCGACGACUUUGACGACAGGAGGCUCGAGACGUGUAGCAUCCUCGGGGCCGUCAUUGAAGAGACCCUGAGGAUGUACCCAGCGGUCCCCUCAUCUCUGCCUCGAAUCGUCCCGGACGAGGGCAUAACGCUGGGUGCUUACUUCAUCCCGGGCAAGACAGUCGUGUACAGUCCGGCUUACACACUUCAACGCAACUCGGACAUCUUUGCAGAACCGCACAAGUUUGACGCAGACCGCUACCUUCCUCCGGUCAAGGUUUCGCUGGAGCAAAGACAGUCGUUCAUCCCUCUCGGAGCCGGGGCGAGGGUCUGCAUCGGACAGCAUCUGGCCAUGAUGGAGCUGCGACUUGCCACGGCCGUGUUUUUCAAGCGCUGCCGCGGUGCGAGGCUGAGUGACGGCAUGCCGCAGGACAGCAUGGACAUGGUGGACUACGUGCUCCUCUCGCCCAAGAGGAAGAGGUGCGAUGUAGUUCUGAUCUGA